GGCGAUGGGCGGGGAUAAAUGUCUGCCUGGGCGCGGGGCCGCCAUUUUCUCUGAGGCGCGGAACGAGCGGCGCCGGGCGGCACCGGGGCGCGGGGGACCCGCCGGGGGCCCGGGACACAGAUGAUGUGCUUCAUCCUUUUGUCAUAGGACUUCAUUUGCUGAAAGGAAAACUAAAGGCUGCACCAAUGGAGCACAUCCAGGGAGCUUGGAAGACCAUCAGCAAUGGCUUUGGGCUGAAGGAUUCUGUCUUUGAUGGCCCCAACUGCAUCUCCCCCACCCUGGUGCAGCAGUUUGGGUACCAGCGCCGGGCGUCCGACGACGGCAAAAUCUCAGAUACGUCCAAAACCAGCAACACCAUCCGCGUCUUCCUGCCCAACAAGCAGCGCACCGUGGUGAACGUGAGGAAUGGGAUGACCCUGCAUGACUGUCUGAUGAAGGCUCUGAAGGUCAGGGGGCUGCAGCCAGAGUGCUGCGCAGUGUUUCGACUUCUUGCUGAACCCAAGGGAAAGAAAGUGCGUUUGGAUUGGAACACAGAUGCUGCCUCCCUGAUUGGAGAGGAGCUACGAGUGGAUUUCCUUGACCAUGUCCCACUCACCACUCACAAUUUUGCCAGGAAGACAUUUCUGAAGCUUGCCUUCUGUGACAUCUGCCAGAAGUUCCUGCUCAAUGGCUUCCGCUGUCAGACGUGUGGCUACAAAUUCCACGAGCACUGCAGCACCAAGGUGCCAACCAUGUGUGUGGACUGGAGCAACAUCAGGCAGCUCUUAUUGUUCCCAAAUUCAAAUAUCAGUGACAGUGGUGUCCCUGCACUACCUCCCUUGACAAUGAGACGGAUGCGGGAGUCUGUCUCCCGGAUACCUGUUAGCUCGCAGCACAGGUAUUCUACACCUCAUGCCUUCACUUUCAACCCAUCCAACCCUUCCUCUGAGGGCUCUCUGUCCCAAAGGCAGCGCUCCACGUCCACCCCCAAUGUGCACAUGGUCAGCACCACCAUGCCCGUGGACAGCAGGAUCAUCGAGGAUGCAAUUCGAAGCCAUAGUGAAUCAGCCUCACCCUCUGCUCUGUCUGGAAGUCCUAACAAUAUGAGCCCAACUGGCUGGUCUCAGCCUAAAACCCCAGUCCCAGCCCAAAGAGAGAGAGCCCCUGCAUCUAACACACAAGAAAAAAACAAAAUUAGGCCUCGUGGACAGAGAGACUCCAGUUAUUACUGGGAAAUAGAAGCCAGUGAAGUGAUGCUCUCCACCAGGAUAGGCUCAGGCUCUUUUGGGACAGUUUACAAGGGCAAGUGGCACGGGGAUGUAGCAGUGAAGAUCCUAAAGGUUGUAGACCCAACCCCAGAGCAGUUUCAGGCUUUCAGGAAUGAAGUGGCUGUCCUGAGGAAAACCCGGCACGUGAACAUCCUGCUCUUCAUGGGCUACAUGACCAAGGACAACCUGGCCAUUGUCACCCAGUGGUGUGAGGGCAGCAGCCUCUACAAACACCUGCACGUGCAGGAGACCAAGUUCCAGAUGUUCCAGCUCAUCGACAUCGCCCGCCAGACGGCCCAGGGCAUGGACUAUUUACAUGCAAAGAACAUCAUCCACAGAGACAUGAAAUCCAAUAAUAUAUUUCUUCAUGAAGGCCUCACAGUGAAAAUAGGAGACUUUGGUCUGGCAACUGUAAAAUCCAGGUGGAGUGGAUCCCAGCAGGUGGAGCAGCCCACGGGCUCCAUCCUGUGGAUGGCCCCCGAGGUGAUCCGGAUGCAGGACAGCAACCCCUUCAGCUUCCAGUCAGAUGUCUACUCCUAUGGAAUAGUGCUCUAUGAGCUGAUGACAGGGGAGCUGCCCUACUCCCACAUCAACAACAGAGAUCAGAUCAUUUUCAUGGUUGGCAGGGGCUACGCUUCCCCAGACCUCAGCAAGCUGUACAAGAACUGCCCCAAGGCCAUGAAGAGGCUGGUAGCAGAUUGUCUGAAGAAAGUCAGGGAAGAACGACCUCUGUUCCCACAGAUCCUGUCCUCCAUCGAGCUGCUGCAGCACUCUCUGCCCAAAAUCAACCGCAGCGCCUCGGAGCCGUCCCUGCACCGCGCCGCCCACACCGAGGACAUCAACUCGUGCACGCUGACCUCCAGCAGGCUGCCCGUGUUCUGAGUGCUCCUGCCCGUGCUCCGAGUGCUCUGCCCUGACUCCAGCAGGCUGCCCGUGCUCUGAGCUGCUCCUGCCCUGCUCCUGGCCGGGGCUGCAGGGGGAACUCGAGCUGUGCCUCCCAGCCUGGUGUCCAGGCUCCUCCAGCAGGACCCUCCGUGUCCCAUCCCACCAAGAAGCUGCUCUGGAUUCGUGCAGUUCUCAGCCUGCAGGGACACAGCUCCUCAUUGCCUUUGCUACCAUCUCUUGUUCUGGGAGAGGUAACAGACUACAAAUCAAGAGAUCUAUUACUAUUUUUUUAAUAGAUGCACUUGAGCCUUAUUUUCCCCUUCCCAGAAGCGAUGGCUGUUUGUUUGGCAGUGGUUCUGGCUGGCUUUGCUCUGGGCUCAGUGAGGGGGCUCUGAGGACAGGUGAUGUUCUGGUGCUCUGACUGCCCCGUGCCAAGUGUCACCUCACCCUGGGGAGUUGUGCCUGGAGUGGGAAGAGGAAAUAACUCUGGAAAUCAGCUCCUGCCUAAGAGCUUCACCAAGCCAAUGAAAUAAGUUCAAAUGCUAAUUCAACACAAAAUAGUUUUGCAAUAGUUUUGCACAUAGAAGAAAAACUCUUGCAAAAGGAUGGAAUCUGUUGUGAAUUGUCCUGCUCAGAGAAGGAGGUGAGCCAGUCCUGCUUUGGUCAUCUUGAGAAGCCUCCCAGCUGCCUUUGGUACUAUGGACCUGUUGCUGCAGCCCAGGCAGGGUGGGUGAGGAGGGCUGGGCUGGCAGAGGCUGAGGGUGUUUCCCCUUCUGCAGAGGCUGAGGAUUGAGGAUGUCCCCCUCCUGCAGAGGCUGCAUCCAGCAGGAGCUGUUGUCCAAGAGAUGCACUAGCAAGAGGAAACUGAGCAUAUACAGUUUUUCUUGUUGAUUUGGGUUUUAAUUUUGUUUUUAUUGCUCCUGAGAAAAUGCAUUUAUUGUAAGCCAAGGUUCCUCUGAUUAUCUUAUUUUAAUAAAAUAAAUUAAAUUUUA